AUGGCAUUCUGGCUACUUGCAGACCUGCUGAUUCUUCUGGCUUCUGCCGCGGAGAGCAUCUCCGGCCGGCCUGCCGCCGGUUGCCAGACACGGUGCGGUGACGUCAGCAUCCCCUACCCGUUCGGCAUCGGCCCCAACUGCUCCCAUGGGAAGGGCUUCGAGAUCGCCUGCGAUACCCGAACCCGAAACGGCAGCGGCGAGUUGGUGCCGACCCUCGCCGCCGCCAAUGGCACCAUCCAUGUGCAGAGCCUGUUUGUAGCGCCGAUCCCGGAGGUCAAGGUGAUGCUGCCGGUGGCGUACCAGUGCUACAACUCCAGCGACAGCGUCACCGAGAGUUUCUUCGGCGCGGUAGACCUCAACAACAACGGCGUGUACCGCAUCUCCGACAAGCGCAACAUGUUCGUCGUCCUCGGCUGCAACACCAUGGCCUACACGAACAACGGGGACAGUCAUGGCAAAGGCCCUUACGCCGGCCUCUACUACACCGGCUGCGUCUCCUAUUGCAACGACUCGUCGAGCGCGCAGGACGGCAUGUGCGCCGGCAUCGGCUGCUGCCAUGUCGACAUCUCGCCGGGCCUCAGUGACAACGUCGUCACCUUCGGCGAGUGGUCACGCUAUUUCCAGGUGGACUUCAACCCCUGCAACUACGCCUUCCUCGUCGCCAAGGACGAAUACAACUUCCAGAGGUCAGAUCUCCAAAAGGACCUCAACCGGACCAAGCCGGUGUGGCUGGACUGGGCGAUCCGCGACGGCGGCAACUCCUCCGCAUCAUCGUCCUGCCCUGCGCCGGAGGUGAGGGAGAAGAUGCCGCCUGAGUACGCCUGUGUGAGCGACAACAGCGAAUGCGUCAACUCCACCAAUGGCCCAGGAUACUACUGCAAGUGCAGCAAAGGCUACGAGGGCAACCCCUACCUAGUCGGAGGUUGCAACGGCAUAAGCCUGGGAUUUUCUUUCCUGAUAGUUGCUGCACUUUUUACUCUAAUGAUGCUCCAAAAGAGAAAAAUUAAUGAGUAUUUCAAAAAGAAUGGUGGUUCAAUUCUACAGAAAGUGGACAAUAUCAUGAUUUUCUCCAAAGAUGAUCUAAAGAAAAUCACAAAGAACAAUUCACACGUUAUUGGCCAAGGAGGUUUUGGUAAAGUGUUCAAAGGGACGCUUGAAGAUAAUACAAUGGUGGCAGUGAAGACUUCAAUUGAGGUAAAUGAAGCUCGGAAGGAGGAUUUCACAAAUGAAGUUAUAAUACAAUCGCGAAUGAUGCACAAUAACAUUAUCAAGCUAUUGGGUUGUUGCUUGGAGGUGGAUGUUCCAAUGUUAGUGUAUGAGUUUGCCGCUAAUGGGAGUCUGCAAGACAUUCUCCAUGGUGAUGCCAAUCGCUCACUCCUUCUCACACUAGACAUACGCUUGGACAUUGCAAUUGAAUCUGCAGAAGGUCUAAAAUACAUGCACUCGUCCACAAAUUGUACCAUACGACAUGGUGAUGUCAAGCCUGCCAAUAUACUUUUAACAGACAAGUUCGUCCCUAAGAUCUCAGACUUUGGGACAUCCAAGCUUCUUACAGUAGAUAAAGACUUCACCAUGUUUGUUGUUGGGAGCAUGGGAUACAUAGACCCAAUAUUCCAUAAGACUGGUCGUUUAACGCAGAAAAGUGAUGUUUAUAGUUUUGGUGUUGUAUUGCUAGAGCUCAUUAGUAGAAAGCCAACUAUAUAUGGCGAGAACUUUAGCCUCAUCAUCGAGUUCCAGAAGGCCUAUGAUGAAGUACACAGUGGGAGGGCAAUGUUUGAUAAGGAGAUCGCGGUGGAAGAAGAUAUCUUUAUCUUGGAAGAAAUUGGUAAGUUGGCAAUGGAGUGUCUAAAAGAAAAGGUUGAAGAACGACCUGAUAUGAAGGAAGUAGCAGAACGACUUGUGAUGUUGCGAAGAGCCAGAAAGCAUGGACAAGGAAGCUAUAAUUUGAGUCCUAGACACCAUGAGGAGAUUAGUAUUGAAACAACUCCUACGAGUUUUGGUGCUGAUUUUAGCACAAAUAGUAGUGUGAGUCUUUCUGCAACAUGCACUCCAGAACGCAAAGAACUCUACAAGCUAUAG